UAUGCUGGCUCCAGUGUCCUGCGCUGCGCACAGACUCACCUCAGCCUCGUCUGUGGUGGAAACAGCACGAUGGGGGUUCUCCUGGCGCUGCUUGUGGCAGCCGGCGUGUUCUUCUGCGUGUCCUUCGUGGGGGUUGGGCUGUGGGUACUCUACACCCAUUUCACCACUGCGGACAUCCCUGCAGGUAUCAGCCACCCCAAGAAACUGCGGGUCUGCCACUGCAUCUUCCUGCUGUUGGUGGCAUGGGGGAAGAUUUUUGAGAAACUGCGCAUCUGUUCUAUGCCCAGAUUUGUCCGUUUCAUGCACGACCUGCUGCCACUAAAGGAGGAUCCGGAUGUCGUGGUCACGGACCUCCUCUUCGGGACUAUCCCGGUGAAACUGUACCAGCCCAAGACGUCCUCCUGCACCCUGAGGCCUGGCGUUGUGCUCUACCACGGCGGUGGGGGCAUCAUAGGGAGCUUGAAAACCCACCAUAAAAUAUGCUGUCGUCUGUCCAAGGAGAGUGACUCAGUGGUUCUGUCAGUGGGGUAUCGCAUGUCGCCACAGAGUAAGUUUCCGACGCCGGUAAGAGACUCUAUCGCGGCCACCAUCCACUUCUUGAAGUCUCUCCAGACUUACGGGGUGGAUCCAGCCCGGGUCGUGGUCUGUGGUGACAGCGCGGGAGGGGGCAUUGCGGCAAUAGUUUGCCAAAAACUAAUGGACAAGCCAGAUCUCCCUAAGAUCCGUGCUCAAAUCCUGCUCUACACGGUCAUCGAACUCUUGGAUCUCAAACUCCCUUCUUUUCAGGAGAACCAGAAUGUCCCGCUGCUCACUCACGAUUUUAUCUAUUACUGUUGGUUUUGUUACUUGGACAUCAGUCCCUCCUGGAAAAACGUUGUCAUGGAACGUGGCCAUUUGCCUGCCCAAGUCUGGGAAAAAUAUAGAAAGUGGUUGGGCUCAGAAAACAUCCCGGAGAGGUUUAAGAAGAAAGCCUACCGGCAGGCGUCCCCUGCGCCCCUGAAUGAGGGUGCCUAUCUGGAGACAGAACACAUUUUGGAUUUGAUGUGCUCACCCCUGAUUGCAGAAGAUGAAGUGAUAUCUCGGCUCCCGGAAGCUUGCAUUGUGAGCUGUGAGUACGACAUUCUGCGGGACCAUUCGCUAUUGUACAAGAAGAGACUGGAGGACCUGGGAGUCUCGGUGACUUGGCACCACAUGGAGGAUGGUUUUCACGGCGUGCUGAACACCCUCGAUAUGGGAUGUUUGCAAUUCCCCUGCUCCACAAGGAUUCUGAAUGCCAUGGUCCGUUUCCUAAAGGGGUUGUGAGCAUCUCUCCUUCCUGCUAGAGCUAUGAGAGCGAGGGCCCUCCAGGAGCCCGUUCCCAAUGGGGCGCUCUUGCUGACGUAGGUGAUGCUGAGUGGGGCUAGGGAGGGUUAUUUAGAUCCCUGUUCUCCUUCUUGCUCCAGGUUCUAGAAUCGGAGGAUGCUUGUUUCUGAUGUCUGAAGGGAGAGACAGGUUUGGGGGAAGGUGGGGCUGUCUGUCCAUGUUUACUGUGGGGAAAUUUUGAGCUGAGAGACUUCAGUGGCUAUUUGCAAAAGUGAAUGAGAGUGUAAGGGUUGCCCGUGGCCUCCCUGAGGGAGACUUCGGUCUGCUCCGCCUGACCCAGGCUGUGGGUGACAGGACUGUCCCCUUGGCUGGCCUAGGAAUAACCCAGGGGCAGCAUGUGCACUCUCCUGGGCCUUUUCCAAUCUGGCUCAGAGGGUGGGCCCUGAUGUUCUAGACUGCUGUAUGGAGGUGGGAAAACUGGUUCCAUUCUCCUCUGUGUGCACAGUGACGCUUUCUGUUGUUCCUCUGUCUCUGGGUUCAGAGUCUCAACUGCCUGUGCGGGAAGAGUUAGGAUAGCAUGGGUCGGUUUUCUGUGGUGGUUGGCACCUAGUGGCAAAUAAAGAUAGCCCAGAGUCACUGGAUUGGGGGAGCUCUGGAGCUGUGGGAGUCAAAAGUCAGGUUUCCAAGGGCCGGGAAGUGACGUUGUCAGUGUCAGAAGGGAGGAGGUGGGAGGGAAUCUGUGUCCUGAGUAGGAGACCCAGAGAGAUUGCGUCUGACCAAACUCAAUCAUAGUGGAAACUGAGGGAGGGCCGAAGGGACCGAAGAUGUGUUAGCAAGGGCUCUUUCUGUCUUAGGACCCAGAGCCAACCCAAAUCGACCGAAAUCAGAGACAGGAUGUAUUAGAUAACGUAACAACGAAUUCUAGGGAUAAUCAGGCAUGGUUUGAUGUGGAAGUGAACCAAUGCCACCAGCUACCUUCUCUUCUUCCUUCUAGUCGAUGCUUUUCUCUAGUUAAUUCACCUUCACCUUUCCAUAUGGUGGCCCGAGCAGCUCCAUGCUUACGUGCUCCCAGAGUCGAGUCCGUUAUUAUGAACUUGCCACAUUCCCAGCAGAAAUUGCAUUGUCUCGAGGGCACCGUGCGCUUUCUGAAUGGUGUACCCAGUUGCCACAACCAAGGGAAUGAAAUGUUCUGUCUGACCAGUUGCAAGUCCCAUGCCUUCCUGGGAGUGGAGAGUGGGGUCAACUCCACCUGGUGCUUGAACUAAGCCCGGCGGAGGGAGGGGGGACUUCCCUCCCACCAACACUUACUCUACUACAGAAGCUAAAUU